AUGGCAGCUACAAGUUGGUUGCGCGUUCAAUUGGCACGCCGCCGUUCAUCCGCCAAGCUCUUUCACUCCACCGCCACCAACGGUGCUAAAUUGCAGCAAGAACAUGGAAUCGAUGACGACGGCGUUCCCACUGCCGGAAUAAGCAGACCUCUCUCUCUCAUUCUCAAGGACUUGAACAAAAAAGUUCCGGAAUCCCUCCUCAGGCUUCGCCAUGAGCCAGCUGGUGCCAAAUACAUCCCCUGGUACAUAUUGAAUCGGAUAUUGAACUUGUACGCGCCAGAGUGGUCCGGUGAGGUCCGCAGCAUUACGCAUUCAGCCGAUGGGAAAUCAGUGUCUGUUGUGUAUCGUGUAACACUUUACGGGACUGAUGCAGAGAUAUUCCGAGAAUCAACAGGAACUGCUCCAAUUGGUGAGGCCGGUUACGUGAAUGCUGUGGAGAAGGCGGAGGCAAUGGCAUUUCGUAGGGCUUGUGCACGCUUUGGGCUCGGACUUUACCUUUAUCAUCACGACUUAGAUUAG